AUGAUCAACGAUCCAAACGGCCAGCAUUCCAUUGCCUGGACUGAACUUGGCACCAGUUUUGUCGUUUCCAAUGUCGGCGAGUUCAGCAGGAGCAUCCUCUACUCCUAUUUCAAUCACAACAAGUCCUUCUCAAGCUUCGUCCGCCAACUCAACAUGUACGGCUUUCACCACAUCAAGAGCGCCCCACGCGCCCCACGCACAUCCACAACCUCCCAGACUUGGGAAUUCAGUCAUCCCAAAUUCCUCCGUGCCCGUCCAGAUCUCCUCGACGCCAUCAAACGCAAAGCUCUCGAACUCAAUCCCCGAGAACGCGUGACUCGCAUGACUACCCGGACUUCGACUUCGACUUCGAACACAGCGGUAACAGCGGACCCCACCAGCCAAGAAUCACCGGUUUCUGCGUCAGAUCCGCUGAGAGAUCUUACGAACGAACUUCGGGGAAGGCCGCCCUAUCCGAUUACUUGCGGAGGUUUUGGGGAUAUCUGGAAGUGUAUUUUAGGUGAGACCGUUCAGGUAGCAGUGAAGACCAUUCGCGCUUUCGAGUCCGAUAACAAGGCCUUAGUACGGAAGAAACACGAAGAGAGUGCGUCGUGAGCUGAAAGUUUGGGGGCCGUCUCAAACAUGAUUGCAUUCUUCCACUUUGGGGAGUAGCAAAUGACUUUGGGCCCUAUCCCGCAAUGAUUUGCCCAUGGGCUGAGAAUGGAACACUCACCGGCUUUCUCGAGCGCCAACAAGACAUAUU